GCCACAGAAGAAGAAGGAGCGGCAGGAAAAGGAGGAGGAGAAGAAGAAGAAGGUAAACAGUAAUGGCGGAAUGUCGGAGCAGCUCGUCGUCUCACUUCAGUCUGAUGGAGACGGACGAGAUUGAUGAUAAGGAGUUUGACAUUCCCCAAGUGGACACGCCUCCCACACUGGAGAGCAUCCUCAACGAGCUUGAUGAUGAAGAAGAACCUUUUGUGUUGGAGGACUCGUGCAUGCUGAAUGCAGACAACAUCGAUGCACACUCCUGUGACACCUCGUCUCUAACCAGCUCUGACAGUGGAGACCCAGUGCACCUCAAGAGGAAGAAGAGGGUUGUGGACUUUACUGCAACCGUGCACGGGUCUGUUCUACGCCACAGUUUGCUGAAAGGCAUCUCGGCACAGAUCGUGUCUGCUGCUGACAAAGUGGACGCCGGCCUCCCAACCGCCAUAACGGUGUCCAGUGUGAUUGCUGUGGGGACGUCACAUGGUCUGGCUUUGGUCUUUGAUACCAGUCAGGCUCUGCGGCUGUGCCUGGGCACCAAGGCCACAGGGGCAGAGUACGGGGCAGUGUCCGCCCUCAGCAUCAACAACGACUGCUCACGACUUCUGUGUGGAUUUGCUAAAGGACAGAUUACUAUGUGGGAUUUAGCCAAUGGGAAGCUUUUGAGAAGCAUCACCGACGCCCACCCUCCAGGGACAGCGAUACUGCAUGUUAAGUUCACAGAUGAUCCAACACUUGCAGUGUGCAGUGACAGUGGAGGAUCAGUUUUUGAGUUAGCUUUCAGGAGGGUAAUGGGGAUGCGUUCCUGUGACUCUCGGUGUCUCUUUAGUGGUUCGAAAGGUGAAGUUUGUUGCAUUGAACCCCUACGUGCUCCUCCAGAUAUCAAAGACCAUCCAAUCACACACUACUCUCUGCUGGCUAUGGCAUCGCUCACUAAGAUUUUGGUUAUUGGACUCAAACCAUCCCUGAAGGUCUGGAUGACGUUUCCCUACAGUAAGUCUGAUCCAUCCAGUGUUCCUCAGCUGGCGUGGCAGUUUGUUCACGUUCAGAAGACGGUGAACCCGGUCCUGGCUUUCUGCAAAGGAGAAACCGUGCACUUUCUCUUGGUCAAGAGGGAGGAGACAGGGACUAUCCAUGUCAUCAAGCAAAGACAACUCCACCUUAACUGUGAUAUUAUAAGCCUCAAUUGGAUUAACAGCUGCACAUUGGUCCUGUUGGACAGCCAUGAAAAGCUACACGUUGUUGACCGUUCCACGCAUGAGGUGUUGGAGACAAUGGAUCUGGACCAGGUGCAGCUGGUGUACAACAGUCGACAUUUCAAAUCACUGGCCACAGGAGGAAAUGUGUCGCAGGCUCUGGCUUUAGUGGGAGAAAAGGCCUGCUACCAGUCCGUCUCCAGCUAUGCAGGACAGAUCAUCUAUCUUGGCAUCAAGUCUGCUCACUUGAUGACUCUGAGGAACUGGAGAGAGCGUGUAGAAUUCCUGCUGAAGCAGGAACACUUUGCUGAGGCUCUUUUGCUGGCCUGGACCUUCCACGAGGGAACGGCCAAAGCGGUUGUUGGCUUGGCUGGAGACUCAGUGAAGAGGAAAGGAGUGGUGGCCGACAAGAUGAACGAGAUCCUGUUUCAGUUUGCAGAACAUGCACUAAAGAAGAGCCCAGAACAAGGAAAGAUCCAAGUGAUGGAGCAGCAUUUCCAAGACGUGGUCCCCAUCCUCGUGGAUUACUGCCUGUUGCUGCAGAGAGUUGACUUGCUAUUCGAGCAGGUCUAUGGUCAGCUGGUGGAGAACGUAGUUGCUAAGGGUGUCUUCCUGGAGUCACUGGAAUCUUACAUAGUUGCAGAUCGCCUGGGUCACCUGCCCACUCACAUCAUGAGGGACCUCCUGGCUCAUUACCAUGGCAACAGUAUGAUGGACAGCUUUGAAAGAUGCAUCGUCCACCUUGAUGUCACCAGUUUGGACAUGCAGAAGGUGGUUCAGAUAUGUUGGGAAAACCAGCUCUAUGAUGCUAUGAUCUACAUUUUCAACAGUGGCAUGAAUGACUACAUCACACCGAUGGAGAAGCUCUUCUCAGUCAUUGGUCCAACGCUCAGUGAGGGACGGACUCUAACAGAUAAAGAGGUGGUGAUGGGAAACAAACUGUUAGUCUACAUAAGCUGUUGUCUUGCUGGAAGGGCCUAUCCGCUUGGAGACAUCCCUGAGGACCUUGUUGUUCAAGUCAAGAACCAGGUGUUUGAAUUCCUGGUCCGUCUCCAUUCAGCCGAUUCGACGGAGGAGGAGGUUUUUCCGUUUCUGCGGACUCUUCUUCAUUUUGACACCCGGGAGUUCCUGAAUGUCUUGGCCAUGACGUUUGCGGACUUUAAGAACGAUAAGCAGGCACUUGAGUACCAGCAGAGGAUCGUUGACAUCUUACUUCAGGUGAUGGUGGACAACCCGGAUUUUACUCCUUCCCAGGUGGGCGGACUCUUCACCUUUUUGGCUCGACAGUUGGCCAAACCAGACAACACGCUGUUUGUGAACAGGAAGCUCUUUGAUCAGGUUUUGGAAUUCUUGUGUUGCCCAGAUGAUGACUCCAGAAACACAGAAAGGCAGCAGGUUCUCCUGGAGCUUCUCUUUGUUGGUGGCGUGGUCCAGUUCGAUGAAGGAAAGUUGUUGGCUCUGGUGGAGAAGGCUAAGUUCUACCAGAUCUGUGAAUUUCUGUAUGAGAAGAAACAUCAGUAUGACAAGAUCAUUGACUGCUACCUGAGAGACCCCGUCAGAAAAGGGGAGAUCUUCAGCUACAUACACAAUCUGCUGUCCAUGCCGGGCUACAGCGCAGAGGAGAAGCAAGCUGUCCAAGACAAAGCGCUGCAGAACAUGCAGGAGCUGGUGACCCUGGACCCCAACAAGUCAGCUGACCUGGUCCUGUUUCACCUUUCUGAAAAGGUGCAGCAAAUCAUCUCUGACAUCCAGGAUGACUACCUACGUUUCAAGUUUCUCGGUUUUCUUCUGGAACCAAAGGAAGGACACCUCUCAGGGACUGUGUUACCUAAAGAACGCGACCUCCAUGAGCACUUGCUGGAGUUGCUGUGCCGCUUUGCUCCCCAGCAGCUCCUGGGCUUCCUGCAGACCUCUCAGAAAUACAGACUGGAGACGGCCAUACAGAUCACAGAGAAAUACCAACACAGUGAUGCUACAGCCUAUCUCCUGGAAAAGAAAGGAGAUGUUCUUGGAGCUUUUAUGGUCCUAAUAAAGACAUUCAAGUUAAAACUGGUCCAACUCUGUGAGAGAAGAUCUGAAGUGGACCAGAGAUCACAGACGCUGAUGGGAAUCGAAGCUUCGCUGGAUGAAAUCAUCGCCCUGUGUAACCGAAGCUCUCACAACCUCGACGCCAAGCAAAGAGAGGAUCUGUGGUUUCCACUGCUGGAAACUAUGAUGGAUUCUCAGAAACUAGUCAAGGAGCCGAGUGAUAAACAUGUCUCUGAGGUGUUGAAGGAGCUGACAAUGAAGGUUCUGAACAGCAUGAGCACAGUGAUCUCUCUGCCAGCCAUCAUCCAGAGAAUACUGCAGGAUCCUGUUUAUGGGAAAGGACAGCUGGCAGAAAUCCAAGGCCUUGUUCUGGGCAUGUUGGAGACUUUUAACUAUGAGCAGACUUUACUUGAAACAACCACCAGUCUGUUGAACUCUGACCUCCACUGGUCCCUGGCCCACCUGUGUGCUGUGGUCACCAGGGGACUGCACCCUCGACAGGACUUCUGCAACAUCUGUCUCCAGCACUACAAGAAGAGACAGGACUCUGUGGAGGAAAUUAUUGUCUUCAGCUGUGGCCACCUUUACCACCGUCAGUGCCUCCAGCAGAAGGACUGUGUGCGGGGCGUCACCUCGGACCAGCCGCAGCAGUGGACCUGCUACAAAUGCUCCUCCAGCCAGGGAGGGAGGAGUGCACUGUGUCAUGAUGCCAGGAGAGGGCGCAGUAUGUCCUUAGCACAGACUCGUGUGACAUCAGCGCAUCAUGUGACAGGAGCAGACGUUCAUAACUCGGUGUUCGUUGAAGCAGCGUUGGACCUUCCUCAGGAACAGUCUUGGGCUGAGCUCCGUUGUUUAUAUCGAGGACCGUCCAGGUUGGCGAUUUUAUCUGAACUCUCUCAUGGCAACGAGAAAACGGGACUUCUCAGCACAACACAAACUUCAUCAGAUUUCCAACUUAAACUCUCACCUCCACCUCUGGUUGAAGAGUAGCACCAUUGACACGGUCAAAGUGCUACCUGCAGAUCUCUGGUUCUGUGUUUGUGAAAGUGAAGAUGAAACCAGAAGUCCGGUUACUGUGCAGUACACUUCACGAUAUCUCUGACUGGAAAGACUGAGAACCUUCAUCGAUCAAUCAUCCUGUGUUGUUGUUUUUUAUUUCUGAUUGGCUCCGUGUCAAAUGUUAAUAAAAGUUUAAACGUC